AUGGGAAACUGUUGUGAUGGAAGAGAUUAAAAAUCAUCGAAACAAAUCUUUAUAAUUGGCCCUCCUGGUUCAGGAAAAUCAAAAUUAACAGAAAAACUAUCUAAUAAUAAAAAAUAUGAAUUUAUAGAUAUUCCUGAAUUAGAUAUGGAAAGUUCAAUUAAAUCUAGAGAAAAGUCAAUUGAAAAUUUUUAGAAAUAAUAUAAGAAGAGCGAAAAUGAUAACAAAUAAAUUAUUGGCCUAAUUCUUUGUGUUAAAUUUGAAAGAACAGAUUUGAUGAAAAGAAAUCUAUUAUCUGUAAUUAAAUUUUUUCGGCAAUUUAAAAACCUGAUGAUUCUCGUAGUGACUCAUUUUGAUUUAAGCGAAAAUCAAAAUCAAGAUAAAAGGGAUUUAAAAAAAUCAUUAAACUAUCUUUUAGAUAAAGAUGAAGAACGAGUGAUGUUUAGCAAUAAUUUUGAAUAAGAUGGUUAAGAGGUAAUUGAUCAAGCUAUUCAAAAAAUUAUUGAAAAAAAAAAUGAAUUACAAUUCACAUUAAAAAAUACAAUAUUUGAGGAGUUCGAUGAAUCUGAAUAAAAGAAACUAUUAUAAAAUAUGUAAUAAUCUUUCAAUAAAUGUUGA